CGCCUAACGAGCACCGCCGCCGACCAAGCAGACCGGGGCUGGACCGCGACGUUACCAACCACAACACGGGAGCCGCGCCGAGCCCACCUGUGAUUGGUUACCGUAGGGGCUGGGGGGGAAAUCCCUCUUUCCCGUAGAGGUACUAGGGAGGGGGCGGUGCAUAACAAAAAGUAAUGGCCAUCUAUUUGGGUCCUGAAGAAGGAGGAAUAGCCUGUUUCUUGUCGGACUACCGAAGGUGUGUUUGACUUUUCUCCAUGUUAGCGCGUACGUGUAGCCGUUAGUGACACCGGGCGGCGUUUCGACCGUGUCGCCGCCGUCGUAUUUCGGUUGCCCUGCGGUAGCAGAACGGUUAAUAAGCUGGCUGAACUUGGCGCCGCGUUUUAGGGUUAAAGCAGUCAGCUAGCCACGCUAACGCUAGCUACUACCACCAACCAACCAACCGCCGCUGCUGCCGUGCGAGCCAGCGUCUGGAAGGGCGGACGAGUUUGACGUUUUCUCCCCCCCCUCCUCAGAAGUCUCCUCACAUUUCUUGAGUUUUCUGGUCUCUGCGCGGUCGUCUCUCCUUCCGAGCUAAACCUACCAGAGUCAACAUGGAGGAGACACUUUGCGAGAGCAUGAAGACGACGGCGACUGACGACGACUAAAGAGGAUUAAAAGCAACUCGGUCUUGAUGGGGGAAAGUUGAGGUGAGGAUUAACAACUUGGGAUAAACUGAAGAAAGGUUUCAAGUCUCACCUAUUGUGCAAGGGCAUGCUAAAACCACAGUGAUGGAGCCUACAGUUGUCAGUACGUCCACUUUGGCCCCUGAUGAGUUUGAUAGGAAUGUGCCACGGAUCUGCGGUGUGUGUGGUGAUAAAGCCACUGGCUUCCACUUCAACGCCAUGACCUGUGAAGGCUGCAAGGGCUUUUUCAGGCGCAGUAUGAAGCGCAAGGCCACCUUUACUUGCCCCUUUAAUGGCAGUUGCACCAUCACGAAGGACAACAGGCGCCACUGCCAGGCAUGCCGGCUCAAACGCUGUGUGGACAUUGGCAUGAUGAAAGAGUUCAUUCUGACAGACGAGGAAGUGCAGAGGAAGAAAGACCUUAUUCAGCGGCGGAAGGAUGAGGAGGCACAGCGAGAAGCAGAGAGGGAAGCGCGGCGGCCCCGACUCACUGAUGAACAGAGUCAGGUCAUCGCCACACUGGUGGAGGCGCAUCACAAAACAUAUGACGACUCUUACUCUGAUUUCUGCCGUUUCAGGCCUCCUGUGCGUGAGGGCCCAGUGACACGAAGUGCCAGCAGAGCUGCCUCUCUCCACUCUCUGUCUGAUGCCUCCUCUGACUCCUUCAGUCACUCUCCAGAGUCAGUAGACACGAAAAUGAACUUCAACAACCUGCUGAUGAUGUACCAGGAGCAGGGCAGCAGCCCCGACUCCAGUGAAGAGGAGGGCUCCAGCUUCUCCAUGCUGCCCCACCUGGCUGACCUGGUCUCCUAUAGUAUCCAGAAGGUCAUUGGCUUUGCUAAGAUGAUACCUGGGUUCAGAGAGUUGACUGCAGAGGACCAGAUUGCUCUGCUCAAGUCCAGUGCCAUUGAGGUGAUCAUGCUGCGCUCAAAUCAGAGCUUCAACCUGGAAGACAUGUCCUGGAGCUGUGGUGGGCCUGACUUUAAAUACCAGAUCAGUGAUGUCACCAAAGCGGGCCACACUCUGGAGCUGCUGGAGCCACUGGUAAAGUUCCAGGUGGGCCUGAAGAAGCUCAACCUGCACGAGGAGGAACAUGUGCUGCUCAUGGCCAUCUGUUUGCUUUCUCCAGACCGCCCAGGUGUGCAGGAUCACGCACGGAUCGAAGCCCUUCAAGACCGGCUGUCAGAGACCCUGCAGGCCUACAUCCAGCUUCACCACCCAGGAGGACGGCUGCUGUACGCCAAGAUGAUCCAGAAGCUGGCGGACCUGCGCAGCCUCAAUGAGGAGCACUCCAAACAGUACCGCUCACUGUCCUUCCAGCCGGAGCACAGCAUGCAGCUCACCCCGCUGGUGUUGGAGGUGUUCGGCAGCGAAGUCUCCUAGAAGCCACCUCCGAGCCCCAGUGGUGGAGAGGAAGCCGGAGAUGAGACCCCGGAGGCGGAAAAUGGAGGAAGGGAGCUGAGGAUGUGGUGAAUGAACUAAAUGCAGGUGUGGAGUAUGAAACAAGUGAAGAGAGAAAGAAGUGUGUGUGUGCGUGCAUGUGUUUAUCUGUGUGUGGCUUCAUCUAUGUGUCACAUCUAAAGAAGUCUAUCUUGGUGUAAAGGCCAAGGUUGUAUGGGGAGCAAGCAGAUGUUAAGAGACACAGUAAACAAGGGAAAUUCAUAGAGUACAAAUUGAACUAUACAUACAACUUCUGCCUAUAUACAGUGUUUUUGUCUGUAUUUAAAUCAACAAACAGCUGCUUCAAAUGCCUGGACAUUUUAUGUGUGUACAUGUUGUGCACACACCAACACAACAAACAUACUCAGUUAUUCAUUUAGCCAUUCAGUUGAGCUACCUCUUGGUUUUACUGGGGUUGUUUUAUAUUUACAUCACCUAUGUGAAACAGUAACUUUUACAAAGAACAGUUUAGAUACAGUACAGACUACAUUUCAGUUUACCGGUGCAAAAGCAGUGCCUGCACAUCAUUUUGAAUUUUUGAUGAUUCAUGUACUUUGUUUAUUUUGUUUUUAAUCUACUUCUCUCCAAGGCAGCAUUUGUAUAUGACUGUGUAUACAAUUGAAACACAUGCCUUUCACCUUUCACCAAAGGUAUGGUCAAGUACUUUCUGAAAAAGCUUCCAGUACCUAAAAAUAACCUUGCUGCUCCAUGGCUCGCUUCACCCAUGCAGCCACUCGGCAAGUUUUCUGACUAGCCUCACAACCUAUGAAGGAAAAUAUCAUUAUGUAGGUUUAUACUGCAGAGUACAGAGCAUAGUCUGUAAUUUAGUGAGGUUUUCAUAGGACUUUAGGGUGCCUGGUUUGAGGUGAGAAUUAGCCACUAAAUGUGUUAGCUACUUUUACACUGCUAACUGUCAAUCAAACCAAGCCAGCACUGUGGUUUGUUACUCUCUUUUGAAAUUGUUUUUCAUUACUCUUCUCUUUUGUUUAAUUGUUUAUUUUCAUGUAAAUAGUUAAAUGCUAUCACAUGUAUCCUAAGCACUGUUAUACCACCUUUUACUUAAGCCUAUGUAUUGAUAUACAGUAUCUAUAUUAUCACAGAUUUUUAAAGGGCUAAAAUGCCAAAUCUAACUGGAAUAGUCAUUCGAGGCCAAAGCAAGGGGCCUGUCUUCUUAAUAUAUAGCUGCAUACCAUACUUGGAAUUGGCAUAGAUAUGGACAUAAUUGCAAUAGAUGCUUUUUGUUUUAUACGUCACUACACUUUUAAAACAAUUCCAUGAAUUGUUCCUCUUCAGUAUACGGUGAGCUCGGUGGGCGGAGAGCUUGGGAAGCUGCUUCAGACCUCCACAGAUAUCACACCCCUUUCGUUUCUGACUGGGAAGUGGAUUUUCUAGAAUGUCUGAGGGCCUGGAUGUGGUGGCAGCGAUGCCCCACGCCUCCACACCCUGGCCCUCCUGUUUGAUGAUGUAUGCUGCGCAGCCCUCUAGUGGCUGCAUCAUGUAAAUACCAGGUAUA